GACAUACCACAGGAGAAAUGGAGGGCAAUAAAUGUCCAGCAUUAUAUAAAGAAAGCCUUGAUAUUAGCUUGCUGGACAAACACACAAGUAAAAUGGAACAAACAGUGUUGAGAGAUGUAACAAAUGGUGAGCACAGGGGAAAGGAAGAGGAGGAAGAAGCACAAGCAAGUGUAGAUAUUUGGAGAUAUGUAUUCGGUUUCACAGAGAUGGCAAUAGUUAAAUGUGCUAUUGACCUUGGCAUAGCCGAUGUCUUACAUAAAAAUGGUGGAUCUAUGUCACUAGCCGAGCUAGCAUCCUCCCUUAAAUGUCCGCCACCUUCCCUCUACCGCGUAAUGAGGUUCUUAGCUCACCGUAAAAUUUUCAGGCAAAGCCAAACAAGCCAAGGCACCUUAGUCUACACCCAAACACCCCUUUCUCGGCGUUUGCUAAGUAAAGGGGAAAACAAUAUGGCUGCCUUUAUACAGCUCGAGAGCAGCCCGGUAAUGCUAGCCCCUUGGCUUGGCUUAAGCAACCGCGUUCAAGAGAAAGGGGACUCGGCAUUUGAUGCAGCUAAUGGGGAAGAUGUGUGGAGCUAUGCAUGUAAUAAUCUUGCUCAUAGCAAGCUUAUUAAUGAUGCUAUGGCUUGUGAUGCAAGGGUUGUUGUGCCUCAAAUUAUUAAGGGGUGUCCUGCUUUGUUUGAUGGUGUUUCGAGUUUUGUUGAUGUGGGAGGAGGAGAUGGAACCACUUCGUCUAUGCUUGUCAAGGGUUUUCCUUGGAUUCAAGGGAUCAACUUUGAUCUUCCUCAUGUUGCUUCUCAAGGGGUGAUUUGUGAGCGCGUACAACAUGUUGGUGGUAACAUGUUUGAGAGUGUCCCAAAAGCAGAUGUUGCAUUCAUCACGUGGGUGUUGCAUGAUUGGGGAGACGAGGAGUGCAUUCAAAUCUUAAGGAAAUGUAAGGAGGCUAUUCCAAAGGACAAAGGGAAGGUUAUUAUUGUGGAAGCUGUCAUUGAAGAAGACGCUGAAGAUAAGUUUGAAGAUGCAAGACUGACUCUAGAUAUGGUGAUGUUGGCUCACACAACAAACGGCAAAGAAAGGACCUUCAAAGAAUGGAGUUGUUUGCUUAACAAGGCGGGGUUUGGCCAUUUUGAUGUCAAACCUAUUCAAGCAGUUCAAUAUGUCAUCGAAGCGUAUCCUUGAAUUGUAUUGCGCACAUAUUAUCUUUCGAUGGUUAAAUUGUCAAUCAAUUUCUUAUGUAUUCCCCCCAAAAAUCAUGUGUGCUUUAAUAACUAAAUCCGUGUAACAUACAAUAUAAUAUUGUGCGAUGACACUGGAUUUUGUAUCACAAUCAUAAUCAUUGAACUUUAAUUUAUAUA